UGCAUCUCUUCAUUUUCUCGGGAAACGAACGGAAACAUAAUAAAUAAAUUUGGAGGGAGGGAGGGUCGGGUCGGUGGGUGUCGGAGAGAGGGCGAAGAAGCAAUCAAAGGCGGAGGUGGGAGAGAAGUGGAGAUCGCUCGGGGGUUCGGUUGGCUAUCAAAGCAGAUCAAAGAUGUGGGAAUCGAUAUGCCUCACCAUCGCAGCGACAGCCGGCAAUAACAUCGGCAAAGUCCUCCAGAAAAAAGGCACCGUCAUUCUCCCUCCGCUCUCCUUCAAGCUCAAGGUGAUAAGAGCGUAUGCAUUUAAUAAAGCAUGGGUAAUAGGUUUCCUAAUGGAUAUAUUUGGAGCUGUAUUGAUGUUGCAGGCAUUGUCUCAAGCUCCUAUUAUAACCAGGUAUCUGUCAUCCAACCGGUUUCUGGCUGUGGACUUGCUAUUCUUUCUGUCUUUUCCCAUUUUUACUUGAAAGAGACGAUGAAUAUUGUUGACUGGAUGGGGAUAGCUUUGGCUGCUGUUGGCACCAUAGGAGUUGGGGCUGGAGGGGAGGAGCAAAAAGCCUCUUCAAUAUCCAUUUUCCAUUUACCUUGGCUGGCUCUCGUAGUUGCACUCUUGUUUAUGCUGCUUAAUGGUUGGCUCCGAAUCUAUAGACGUCAACGAAGAGAACAGGAGCUGAGACAAUCUGAAGUUGUCGAGGAAAUUAUAUGUGGCUUGGAAUCGGGCAUUUUGUUUGGGGUUGCAUCUGUAAUAUCAAAGAUGGGGUUUGUAUUCUUGGAGCAGGGCUUCCCCAUUUUUGUGGUUCCUAUGUGUAUUUCGAUCAGUAUUUGCUGUAGUGGUGCAGGAUUUUUUUACCAGACACGGGGCUUGAAGCAUGGGAGGGCAAUUGUAGUUUCCACAUGCGCCGCUGUGGCUUCCAUUGUGACUGGUGUACUAGCUGGUUUGCUUGCUUUGGGCGAACGAUUGCCUGCAGCACCAGUGUCUCGGCUUUUACUUCUGUUGGGAUGGAUGUUGAUAAUUCUAGGUGUAGUUCUACUGGUGACUUCUGCACGUUUGAUGCGAUUCCUUCCAAGGCCAUUGCGGCAUAUUAAGCAAGGUAGCGGUGAUAGAAACUUUGGCCAUCGGCGACAUGGAUCCGUCCACGCUGGGAAUUCAAGCCCAAGCGCCGUCAUCCAAGCAACCACAUUGCAUCAUUUGCUGUCAUCUCCAUCUAAGGAGAAGGCCUGAUCCGAGAAAACCAAACUAAACAGACAAGGAAGUUGCUGCAUAAUGCUUGAUGUUAAUCUUCUCAUUACCAUGCUCGGAUUUGGGAAUGAAGCAGCCAUCGCCAUGUCUAUGCGGGUUUGUACAAUAUCGGGCUUGAUUGGAAGGCAUGAAAAUUUUCUCUUGUCAAUUUCUGUCCAUAAUUCCCCCUUCCCUUCCAAUGCUUGUCAUCUGUUAAAUGGUUUCUCCUCCCAUGGUAUACAGCGCAGGAGGGUAUGUAGUUUAAGUACCCUUAUGGAA